UUUCAAAGCUCGCUGCCCAUUUGAGUAUAGCGAGCUGUGUUAGUUCUGUGUUUCUUCGGCAUCGCAUUGGUCGCACGGCAGACUUUGGGAAAGCGACGGGCGGUCACUUUGGUGAGCUUGGCGGAGAUGCGUCUCCCGCGGGAUCGUGGAGACACACCUGACGCCGCGCAGUUCUCUAAAAUGGUCGGGAGAACCAAUAAAGGGAACCUCCUGGGACUAAACUAAGGGUCUAGCACGUGUUCAGAAGGGUUUUGUGAGUGCUUUGUGGCACUGUGACUUCCUAUCCGUUGCCAAAGAUGUAUAUGCAGGUUGAAAGUCAUUCAAACACAUGCCUUCACUUAAAGAGAUCCCCGGGUAUCAGAUCUUGGUCUAUCCUUGUAGGGAUCUCCUCUUUUGGCAUAGCUGCUGCUUAUUAUAGUGAAGAUAGCCUGGGAUGGAAACUCUUUUAUCUUGUUGGCUGUCUUUUUGUAGCUGCACAAAACCUGGAUGAGUGGGAAGAAGCUAUAUUUGAGAAAGAUUCAGGAAAGGUUUACUUAAAAUCAUUCAGCCUUUACAAAAAGUUGUUGACCUUUUCAAGAGCUGGCCAUGAACAAGUGGUUGUUCCAUUGGAUGAAAUACAAGCUGUGAAUGUAGAAGAACUAAAGGUUCGUUACUUUGGGAAGGGGCACCUAAUUGUACUGCGAUUUGGUACUGGAUUUUCACACCCUCUCACACAGAAUGCAGUGAUGGGCUGCAGAAGUGAUGUUGAGGCUAUGGCCAACCUCAUUAUUCUUUUCCUUGAACUGAACGAGUUACAGAUUGAUGAAGGCCUUGAAACGAGUAGUGGAACAGAUGUUAGUGAUGAAGAUCAAGCAAAGGACAAAUAGUUACAUGAACUCUUGAUACGUGGAAACCAAAAAUUCUCUGAAUGGUGGAAAACUUGAAUCUGUUAUAUUCUUAAGUUCUAAAAACAACUUUUUAAUUGUUAACUUCCUGUGUAUAAUGUUAAGCACAGAGAUUUGCAACUAUCAGAAAGGAGUUUAAAAGUCUUCCGUAUUUUAAAGUGUCUAGACCAGGGGUGUUAAACUGGUGGCCUGUGGGCUGGAUGCAUCAAAUGCAGGCCACGCCCACCCCAGCU